GGCCACCAGCCUGACUUCAGGAGGGCCAGGUCUGUGGAUGUGCUGCUCUCUCUGCUCGGGCUGGGGUGCAGGGACAAGGCUCAGUGCUGUGCCUGCUGCUGCUCUCAGCCCAGAACAGACUUGCUGAACCAUCCUACCCCUCUACAGAGCAAUUACAAUGACCCAGCUGCAGUUUAAAGAUGCUUUUUGGUGCAAGGAAUUCACCUUCCACACUGGCUACGAGGUGCUCGUACAGCGCCUGCUGGAGGGGAAGAAGAUGUGCAAAGAUGUGGAGGAUUUGCUCAAGCAGAGAGCACAAGCAGAAGAGAGAUACGGGAAAGAGCUGAUUCAAAUCGCCCGAAAAGCAGGGGGACAAACAGAAAUCAACACACUGAAGGCAGCAUUCGAGAUGCUCAAGCAACAAAUUGAAAGUGUUGGAAACUCUCAUAUCCAACUGGCAAUAAUGCUGAAGGAUGAACUGAAAGGAAUAGAGGAAUUCCGAGAAAGACAGAAGGAGCAAAGAAAAAAGUACGAGGCUGCGAUGGAGCGCGUGCAAAAGAGCAAACUGUCCCACUAUAAGAAAACAAUGGAGUCCAAGAAGACCUACGAGCAGAAGUGCCGGGAGGCGGACGAGGCAGAGCAGUCCUUCGAACGGACCAGCGCUUCAGGCAACCAAAAGCAAACAGAAAAGAGUCAGAACAAAGCCAAGCAGUGCAGAGACGCAGCAAAUGAAGCAGAGAACGUGUACAAACAGAACAUCGAGCAGCUGGAUAAGGUCAGGACAGAGUGGGAACAGGAACAUAUCAAAACCUGCGAGGUGUUCCAGCUCCAGGAGUGCGACCGCAUCACCAUCCUGCGGAACUCGCUGUGGGUGCACUGCAACCAGCUCUCCCUGCAGUGCGUCAAGGACGACGAGCUGUAUGAAGAGGUUCGGGUCAGCCUGGAGAACUGCGUUGUAGAGUCGGACAUAGACUACUUCAUUAAGACAAAAAUGACAGGAACACAACCUCCAGAUGCCAUAGGGUAUGAGAACUACUACAGCAGAGAGCCCAACAGACGCAACAGCAGCCCAACCCAGUCCUGUGGGAUGAUGAAGAGAUUCUCUGGACUCCUGCAUGGGAGCAGCAAAAACCACACGGAAAUUGCCACUCCUUCAGCCCCUCCUCUUGCAGAGAGAACAGAUGGAGUCUAUGCAUCCAUUUUUGUAAAUGAAGAAGCUGGGAUCACAUCAUCACAGGACUACAGAGUACUUUAUGACUACACAGCCCAGAGCACGGAUGAACUGGACAUCAGUGAAGGAGACAUCGUAGUUGUCAUUGAAGAAAACGAGGAUGGCUGGUGGACAGCAGAAAGGAAUGGGCAGCGAGGCUUCGUGCCAGGGUCUUAUCUUGAAAAGCUUUGAUGAAAAGAAGCCCCAGCCCUCAGACUUUAAAAAUAUUCUAUUACUGAAAACAACCUGCACACAAGGUCUGCUUCAGGGAUGACCAAGGGCAUCCCAUAAUACUGUUUUCUGCAACUACCAGUCAGGAAAUAACCAACUGACCGUGCUCUCCUCUUCCUUGCUCCUACCCUGUUCCAGCAUCUCCUGGCCUACACUGUCUGCAAAAUCCAUCUUCAGCCCUGAGAGAUCAGGACUUGCUUUUCUUAGCCCUGUUCUCCCACCCUCAGCACACUGUCCUGCCAGCAGUGUCACAAAGCUCAGCGAACCUGGGAGGGAAAUCCUGCUCAGACCUUCACUGCACUGAAGGAAAAAGGUCACGGAAGCAAGUGCAGUUUCUGCAGGAUGGAGGACUGCCUCCAGCCAGCCCGUGAGCCACCCUCAUGGUCACUGCAGCCAUGGAUCCCCUUCUCUCCCUGCACAGGUCAUGCUGGUAUUUUUGACAGUGGACUGACUUCUUCAUCAGGGUCACUGAUGAACAGAAGAAAAUCAGUGAAUGCAGCUAGAGAGGAACACCUGAAGGACAGAGACACAUCUGUAGUAAGGAAAGUUCAGGCACUCCCCACCACAACCAUCUCCUAAUACAAUGAAAUCCACACUACCCAUGGCUCUGCUUUGCACUGGAUUCUGGACAGAUGAUAAGCCCAAGGCCUCGGUUGAAAGUUUCCCUAACACCUCUCUGGGAUUUUCAAGUUUAAAAACCCAACAACACAACAGAUAAGCCAAGCCUCCAGCAGUGCUGCUCUGAUCCCCCUCUGAGCACCAGGGGAUUGCCAGUCACAUCCUCACACAAUCUGCAGCCCAGUGUCACCAGGGCAUCCUCCCUUCCACCUGGCUCAGCCUCUCCUCUCCUGCUCACAGGCUUCUUUGUCUCCUACUGCUGUCUACAGCCUCUGCACCUCUGGGAUUGCUGGCACAGUCACAUCCUGGCUCCUUUCCAGGCACUUUGUUCUUCAACAAUCCCUCUUCCCAGAAGUCACACUGUGCAGGUUCACUGUAUUUCACAGAUUUCAGCUCUAUCAGUCUUUCUAGUUCAGUAUUUAAGAAUGUCACUGUGCUUACCAAGGGAUUGAUGGAUGGUUUCUGCCACUCUUCCCUUUUCAAAAAAAAAAAUAAAAGUCGGUGACUGAAUCAGAGUGAACUGUUUCUGGGGGCAGAAUGACCCUCUUUGCCAAGGUUUCAGGUCUUAAAACUGAACAAAGACAAUGAAAAUUAAUCAAAUUGCUACCCAAAAGGCAUGGAGCAGGGAGGAACUGUUAGCUAAGACACAGCAGGAACGACAAAGAGAAAUUUCAACAAAAGAAAAAAGCUGCAAUGGUCAAUGCAAUUAUUCCUUAAAUGAAGCACAGUGAAGGUCAGAGGCACUUGCAGUACCUUAUUCUAAGUCUUCCUUCAAGAAUGGAAUAGCAGUUGCUGCAGGCCCUUUCUUUAGCUCCCUACAGUCCUUUGCACUUGUCCUUCCCUCACUUCCCAAAGUUAUAAUGCAGCACAUCCACAUCAGUG